AUGGACAUCAGAAGCUGGUCCUGUUCAGGCAGCAGAGCUAUCCAAUUGGGGAAGUACUACGAAGAGGUUGAAUAUUCAAGCCUACCUUCUACCAGAUCAAACAAGUUGAGGUGGAAAGUGCUGUGGAUGAAGUUCAAGAAACAAAAGAGUAGGAUUUUUAAAUCUCCAGCUCCAGUUCAUAUGCCCUAUGAUCCAUACACUUACUCGCAGAAUUUUGACCAAGGAUCUUCAUGGGAUGAUGAACCCGAUACCCUCUCCCGGUCUUUCUCCGUUCGGUUUUCCGAUCCUUCCAGUAUCUUUCGAAGGGAAAGGGUUGUGUAA